AUGUUGAAAGACACUAUCGUGCCACAUCUUCAAGCACAUCCAGCCUUUCAAACAGUGAUCUGGCAGCAAGGUGGUGCACCACCACAUUAUGGUCAGGUUGUACGAUAUCUUUUAGAUGACACAUUUUUAGAUUGGAUUGAUCGUCGAGGAACUAUCGAAUGGCCUCCACAUUCUCCUGACUUAAUGUCUUGUGAUUUCUCCCUAUGGGGAAUUGUAAAAGAUCAUGUCUAUGCACAAAAUCCUCGUGAUAUAAACCAUAUGAAGUCGUUGAUUGAAGAAGAAUUUACAUUACUCAAUAGUAACAUUGAAUUAUGUCAACAGAGGGAACAACAAUUGCAAGCAUUCUACUGA